AACCCCAGGGUGUGUAUCUUACUGGGACACUGUGGAGAUCUCACCUCUUGUUUGCUGAGCGGUCGGGUGUAUUGCUCUACACGCCGCACCCCCAGGGGCCCCCGACCGGUCUGAACUGGAGAUAUCUUUCUGUGGCGCCCUCCCGCGCCGGAUCUCCUUCUCCCUGGGGCGGGACGAUUUCCAGAGUCUCCGGUCACUAUGGCACAUGCCCCACCAGUUCUUUGGGGGCAAGAACAAGACGCCAACCCCUUCCUCCUUGCCAUCGAGACACAAGUACCAGGGCUUGAGUGAAUCAUCCUUUAACUUAAUAUCUGAGAAAUGUGACAUCUUAUCGAUUCUUUGUGACCAUCCAGAAAAUAGGAUUUACCAGAGGAAAAUUCAGGAACUCAGCAAAAGAUUUUCUGCUCUACGAAAAACAAAAGGGGAUGGGAAUUGCUUUUACCGAGCCUUGGGUUAUUCCUACUUAGAAUCACUUAUUGGAAACAGCAGAGAAAUUCUCAGGUUUAAAGAACGCGUGCUACAAACGCCAAAAGACCUUUUAGCUGCUGGCUUUGAAGAACACAAGUUCAGAAACUUCUUUAAUGCUUUUUACAGCUUGGUCGAAAUGGUGGAGAAAGAUGGCUCUGUUUCCAACUUACUGAAGGUUUUCAAUGACCAGAGUUUUUCAGAUCGAAUCGUCCAGUUCCUUAGGCUUCUCACGUCUGCCUUCAUCAAGAACCGGGCAGAUUUCUUCAGGCAUUUCAUUGAUGAGGAGAUGGACGUCAAAGACUUCUGUGCUCAGGAAGUGGAACCCAUGGCCACGGAGUGUGACCAUGUUCAAAUCACUGCUCUGUCUCAGGCACUGAACAUCCCUCUCCAAGUUGAGUAUGUGGACGAAAUGGACACCGCGCUGAACCACCAUGUAUUUUCCGAGGCUGCCUGCCCUUCAGUUUAUCUACUUUAUAAAACAUCACACUACAACAUACUUUAUGCAGCCGAUAAAGUGGGUUAAUUUUAGGCCCUCCGGUGUAGAGUGUCAAACGACAGGACUACAUUCUUAUA